UUGGAUUGGCCGGGCCGGUGGAUUGACGCCCCCACCGCACACCGCCGCAGAGGCAGACCCCGACAAGCGAGCGAGCGAGACACGGCGGAAGAGCGCGAGGGGGAGACGGCGGUCCGCGGGAGGAGGACAUGGCGGCGCGGCGAUGCGGGAGCAGGAGGCGUCGGCGCCGUGCAGCGGCGACUCGUGUCGGGCUCAUUAGCCGGUGCGGAAGUAGCAGUAGAGGAGGAGCUUUCUCUGGUCCUUGCCGCUGUACCAGCCGACGCCCGACGGUGACGAUCUCGGCGCUGACGACGAGAACGUUGAAGAAACACUAGAAUCCUACUGAUGAAUGCAUUUAAGAUACUACAUUAGGGAAUUAAACCCCGCUUGUUUCCUGCUACUGAAAUUGGCUGAUACCCCAUGCAUCAAAAGAGGACUAGAAUCUCCUUCAGCAUGGAAGUCCCCUUGGUUCGUAGAUAUGCAAUUUCAGGGUUCAUACUUCGUCAGCCCAGCUGAUAGAACCUACAAUGCGCUAGGAUUUGUGAAGCAGAUAAAUGUGCAGACUGCUGCUGCUUUGGCAGAAGCCCGUGAGGUGCUGGUAAGUGGCGGACAAUCUGAGAACAUAAAUUCUGGGAAGGAAAACCUGGAGAGUCCAAAUGCUAAGAAGGAACCAGGAGCAACAACCAAAUUGCAAGCAAAAAUCAAGCGACGGUCAUGAACUCCACGCUGCCGUCGUCGAAGCAGCCGAUGAGCUUGAAGUGCUCGAGCAGCCCGGCCACCGGAAUGCGUGUCCUCCUCCCACGGACCGCCGUCUCCCCCUCGCGCUCUUCCGCCGUGUCUCGCUCGCUCGCUUGUCGGUGGCUCGGCGGCAGCCUGGAAGUCGUCGUCGACGUCGUCGUCCGCGCUCCAGCUCCGCCGACGAGUUUAGGGUGAUUCCGCCGAUGGUCAUCGAGGAGGCCCUCCCCGUGGUGCGACGAGCUGGUGACGUCCGCAUCCGCCUCCGCGGCGGUGUGCGGUGGCGGCGUCAAUCCACCGGCCCGGCCAAUCCAAUGAGAGAGAGAGGAAGGGAGAAAAGAGAGAUGAUGUGGCAUCUGGCACAUGGGACCCACGCUGACUCAGCCAGCCAUGUAGGACAAAUCUGGCGUCAAUACUGCCCAGGGACCUCGGGUGAACGGUUUUGUAUAGUUAAAGGACCCCAUAUAUCUGAUUUUACGGUUUAAGGACGUUUUUGUA